UCGAAACUUUCCCGCUGAUCGUGUUUUGUGUUCUCGAGAAUAUACAAAUUAUGUGGGUGUGAAUUGUGCUAAAAUGGCUACAAUGAAAUUUUACAAAAUUUUUUAUGCAAUAGUGCUGUUAACACUAGUUAAAAUAAUAAGUACCGUUAGUGAUGAUUUCAAUCAACAACCACAAAUUCAAACUCAUAACGGGAAAUUAAUUAUGCGCGCUGCGCCCUCUCGAAACAUAACAUUGCGUGUCAAAGGUGAAGGUAGCAUUUUCAUCAAUUCUGUUAAUAUUCUUAAUAAAAUAAUGAAGAAAAGUGCACAACUGCGACCGCCACACAGAGAUAAAGAUACCUUGACUACGCAAAGUGUUCGAUCGUAUUUGGAUGCUCUAAAAACGGACCUGAUUGCGUUGGGCGUAAGAUUUGCCGCUUUACAGAACCGGACAAGGGGCCGUGCUCAGAGUGUGAAUAUACGUCGCAGUUUGUUGCGUUUGCAACGUGCUCAUAUUCGUGCGACUCAAAUCGAAAUUGGACUGAUGGUAGAUGAGUGCAAGGAGGAGGGUAGAAAUGCUACGAAAUGCCAAAAUGGUGGUACUUGUUACGAUGGCUAUAAAAAUUUCCACUGCGAAUGUCCGAGUGGAUGGACGGGAAAAACAUGCGAGGAGGAUGUCGACGAAUGUUACCUGUAUGCGGGUACAGAUUUGGGUUGUCAAAACAAUGGAGACUGCAUCAACACGCUUGGAAGUUACAGUUGCUCCUGCCGUAAUGGAUUCUAUGGCACUCACUGUCGCAUACGCAAAGUAGCUUGUGAAGAAGGCGGAAAUGAAGAGUUGUGUGGCCAUGGAACUUGUGUUUCAGCAAAUAAUGAUGCUGGCUUCGCCUGUAUUUGUGAUCAAGGGUGGACAAAGAAUAAAGUAAUUCCAGAAGCUGCAUGCAGCAUAGAUAUAAAUGAGUGUGACGAGUCAACGAAUCCCUGUCACAGUGAGUGCAUCAACCUACCUGGUAGCUUUAAAUGUAGUCCAUGUCCCGAUGGCUACACAGGUAAUGGCAUUUCUUGCUCGGACAUUGAUGAGUGCGCCGUGAAUAAUGGUGGGUGCAGCAUGCGUCCUAAAGUGUCUUGUAUUAACACAGAGGGAUCAUAUCACUGUGGUAAUUGCCCCAUAGGUUGGGAAGGUGAUGGACGAAUAUGUGAGAGCAGUGCUCCGGAGAGCUGCGCGUCGAAAAAUAUAUGCUACCCCGGAUCCAAAUGUGAAUAUAUAUCCAAUACAGUUGUGUGCACUUGUCCUCCCGGUAUGUAUGGCCAUGGAUUCGGUACUGAUGGCUGUACUGUACAGCCAAUAACAAAUCCCUGUACAAAUCAUACUUGUCAGAAUAAUGCAACUUGCGAGGUUAUUGGUGGUGGAACACGGUGCUUUUGUGCUGCUGGAUUUCUUGGGCCAACAUGCGAUCAACCAGACGCCUGCCAAUCUAAGCCAUGUCUCAAUGGCGGCUCCUGCACUUUGCUCCAAAAUAAUCAAUAUCGUUGCUCAUGUCCGCGUGGUACCACCGGCCGAAACUGUGAAAUCGUGCGCGACGUUUGUGGAUCCAUAAUACGAAUGCGCACUGGCAGUUUGUCUUACCCACCCGGUGGCGGAAAUUAUUUGCCAAAUGAACGCUGCGCUUGGAUUAUACGCACAGAUAAUGCGCUCAUUUUGAAUGUCACUGUCAGUACUUUCGAUUUGGAGGCAGCUGCUGACUGCAACAAGGAUUGGUUACAAUUGCAUGAUGGCCGCUCGCUCGCUUCGAGAUUGAUAGGAAGAUUUUGCGGAAAGUCUCUGCCACUUGGUGGUAAUAUACUAACGACACAAAAUUCGAUGUUUUUCUGGUUUCGCUCGGAUAAUGAAACCACCGGUGCUGGUUUUAAUUUAACCUGGAAUUCCAUCGAAUAUAUCUGUGGCGAUGUAUUCAACCUUAAAGACAAUGCAAAUGGAUUAAUACGAUCGCCGGGAUAUCCGGGGAAAGCACCACCUGGUCGAGACUGUGAAUGGAAACUAAAUGCUCCUUUUGGUUAUCGAUUUAUCUUAAGAUUCUUUGAAAUUAAUUUAGGUAGCACAAGAGACAAUAACUGUACACGCGACACCGUAAUGAUAUACGAUUCGGACCUAUUAUUGAGAUCAGUAUGCGAGCCCUCUUUAAUAGAGCCACUGCAUUCCUCUUCGAAUCUCAUACAACUACAAUUCCAUACAGAUACUUACGGAACAGACAGCUCAUUUCAGUUACACUACGAAGUUGUACCGAGUGCUCCGAAUUGUGGGGGCGUUUUUACGGAAGCCACCGGCAUAAUUACAGGCUACAUUAAUGGGCGUGUUUGUUCGUAUCUCAUACAGCAACCGAUCGGCACCAAAAUUCAGCUGGAAUUUACAAACGUUGAUCUUUUAAGAUCCGAAGGUUGCUACGUACAAAAGAUACAGGUUUUCGAUGGGGCUACAGACGAAAGCAAUCUCUUGAAGGUUCUAUGUGGCAAGCAAGAGGAAACCGAUCCAAUAACAUCCAGCGACAAUGUGAUUCUCCUGCGUUAUGAGUACCUUUUGCCCUCUUUCAGUCUGCCAAAGAAUUUUGAGGUGAAAUAUACUAGAAUUUGCAAUAGUGAAAUUCAAGGCUUUGAUGCUGGUUUUCUGACAACGCCAAAUUAUCCAAACUCUUAUUACGAACAUAUGGAAUGCACUUUCAUCAUACGUGGUCCAGCAAAUUCUGUCGUACAUGCGAAUUUUACAGACUUUUCUAUAAGUAAAAAUGGGCCACAGGGUGACUCAAGUGAAGCUGCCAUUGAAUCCGCAUUGAACGACACUGCUAUUGACGUUGACGAAACUUAUGUCGAUGUCUAUCUGGCGAAAAAUGUUAAGCGUCGUUAUUAUGAAGGCGCGUUUCUCCAUUUGAUAUCGGAGAGAAACCUCUUGAGUAUAGUCUUCCAUGGCGGUAGUAAUAAGCAAAAGGGCCGGGGCAUACGUGUUGACUAUCACUUUGAAAUAAUUAAGUGCGGUGGAGUUUUCACAGAAGAAAGCGGCUUUUUCCCGCUACAUAGCGCCACUGGAGAAACGGCAGAGAAUUGCGAGUGGGUCAUUGAAGCGCCAAAAGGAAAACACAUUCAAAUGCGUUUGCAAAUAUAUUAUUUGAGCAUUCCUCCCCCAUGCAGUCCAGGUGAAAUGGACAUAGCAAUUUAUUCCAAUGAUACUUUCAGUGACGGUCAGCUGUUGAUGAGCUCUUGCGGCAAAGCCAAAGAUAUCCGGGAAUCUUUCCAUGCAAACAUCAUUACCAUAUUUUUACGUAUGAGGCGAAAGGAUAACAUUCCUAUUAAUUUUGGUCUCGGCUAUAACAUCGUCGAUAACAAAGCAGCUUGUGGCGGCACUUUCACUGCACAAUACGGUACUAUCAAAACGCCAUCUUGGCCACAGAAUUACGGUGAUUCAUUGAAUUGUACAUGGAUAAUAGAAGCGCCGUUGGGUCACAAAAUAGAAAUCGUGGCAAGGAAUUUCAGUGUAGAGACCACAUCGAAAAAUUGCAACGACGAUUAUCUGGAAAUCAGAAACGGCAAAAGCGCAACAUCCCCUUUGAUUGGCAAAUACUGUGGCAACACUAUACCCACGCGGAUACCAUCAUUUGCAAAUUAUCUUUACCUUAAUUUUAUUUCCGACUCAUAUCUCACUGAUAAGGGAUUUUAUUUGACAUGGCAGCAAACUGAAACCGGCUGCGGCGGCAAGCUCACCUCGUACACGGGCUCCAUACACUCACCUCACAACUCUGAUAUUUAUGGUGGAUCCAUAUCUUGUGAUUGGCAAAUAACCGUAUCCAGAGGAUCCACAAUUAGCAUAUACAUUACACUUACUGGAAAUAGCUUGAAUAUUUGCGACCAAGAUACGUUAACAGUCAACGAUGGCUCAACUGUGAGCAAUCCGCAACUGAAAUUCAAUUGCGGGUACAAUAGCACUACAGUUCAGUUGAAGACCUCUACAAAUCAAGCUGUAAUCAUUUAUAACUUUAAAAAGACGAACGCAAAUGCUGGCUUGCCGUUCGUCAUCGAUUACGAGACCAACUGUGUUGUUAAACUAGACAACUUGCAAGGUGUGAUUGAGUCUCCGAAUUUCCCCGACAAUUAUCCGCCAAACUUAAACUGCUUCUGGGACAUACACGGUGGUCAAAAUAAUAAAUUCCAAUUGAUAUUUUCGCAUUUCGAGAGUGAAAUCCGAAAUGACGAAUGCAGUUUCGAUUAUAUCGAGAUUUUCGAUUUGCGAAACGAUGAUGUCCUCUCCAAGCAGCAUUUGUGCUCGAAUCCUCUUAAAGCCAUAACAACUGAAGGCAACCGGUUCCAAGUAAAAUUCGUCACGGAUUACUCUGGUCAUGCAAAAGGCUUUAGGUUGGAAUACAAAAGGAUUGGUUGUGGAAGUGUAUUGACUGGAAAUUAUGGCUCGAUACAAUCGCCUAAUGCGCCCUUUAGCGUCGGUUUGAAUUGUGAUUGGCAGAUUGAAGUUGAGGCUGGAAAGAGAAUUGUACUUAGCUUUGACGAGAUCCAUAUAGAAAGCGAAUCGGGUGAUUGCAGUGAGGACGGCAUUGUUGUUUCCGAUGAGAAGAAUUCAACUUCUUAUCUGUUAAAAGAAUGUCGUAUAGACCAAGUUCCCGUUACUGUAACAUCAUCAGCAAAUCACUUAAACAUCCAUUUCUAUACAAGCAACACCCGAGCAAGAAAAUAUAUUUCAGGUGCUUACCGUGCACGACCAGCAUCUUGUGGUGGAACUUUCCGAGGCAAUAGUGGACACAUUAGGUACCCUGUAUAUGCGGCUGGAACGGACGUAAAUACGGAGUGUGUGUGGUUGAUCACAGUGGAUAAUAGCUAUGGAAUAAAUCUUGUAUUCGAUAGUUUUAAUAUCAGUUGUACUGACACGUUUUUGAGUAUUUGGGAUGUAGGCGUUAAAGAAACCAAGCUUGUACAAAAAACUUGUGGAAGCGCCUUACCCGAAAGCAGAUGGGUCCAAAGCAAUCGGCUUAGAGUGAUUUACAAAGCGAGCGGAGCGAGUUGGGGAACGUUUUCUUUCAAAUUCAAGAAGGCCUGCGGCGGUUAUUUGAAUGACACUUUUGGUUAUAUUAAAUCUCGUUGGGAUGAACAUUGUGAGUGGAGAAUCGAAACGCAGGGAUCAAAAAUUUUCCUUGAUAUACAUCACCUAGAAUGUGAUUGUUCCAAGCAGGCAAAUUGUACCAACGGCUUGAGGCUAAUAAAUGGCAAUGAUAAAAGCGAACUAAAUAGUUUCUGUGAUAAUCAUCAAUCCAAUAUUAUACUACCAACCAACGCUUUACAUAUUGUUGCCACAAAAAUUGAGUUCAAAGCCGUAUAUAGUAUUGUACAGACUACGUGUGGAGGCACUCUCACCUCAAUGAGAGGCAUACUGACUUCACCAUACUAUCCCCAAUCCUAUCCGUCAAAUAUUGAAUGCGUUUGGGAAAUUAAAGCAUCGCCAGGCAAUUACCUUGAGUUGAGUAUCAACGAACUGGAUAUCGUAAAAUCUGAAAACUGUAAUGAAGACUUUUUGGAAAUACGUCAAACGAGUGCACUUGGCAAGAUCUUACAAGUAUUUUGCGUAAAUGAGGUUGUGACAGAUCGAAUUGUUGUAUUUGAAAGGGCAUGGCUCAAGUUCCGUAGUGUUGAGGGAAAUACAGCGAAUGGAUUUAAACUGCAAUGGAAUUACGUACACGCUAAUGAGCUGAACAGCACCACUGGUUCGAUCGAGUCGCCGCCUUUGAACUCUAUACGUAAUCAAGAGCCGUUCACAUGGAGGAUUACCUUGCCGAGAGGAGAUUUCAUUUUUAUUGAAUUCAAAGUUUAUAAUCGAGGUCUAAGGUUAUACGACGGGUUUGAUGAUUUGGCAUUGGAGAUACCAAUACCCGUUUCUCCUUGGCAAUUCACAUCCAGCAGUAAUGUCCUAUAUUUGGUGAGUAAUAAUGAUGAGUUGGACGCAUUCAAAGUUGUUUGGAAAACCGUUAACAGUAGUGUGACCCCAACGAAUUCAUCGAACGGCGAUUGCAAUAAGACAUUUAUUAUAAAUAAUGCGCAACGUCUGAAUAUCUCCUCGCCCGGUUAUCCCAAUGGCUAUGCUAACGAUUUAGACUGUGAAUGGAUCAUAAAAUCAGAAGACCCCAUGGAGCACGUUGUAUUGAGGAUAUAUGAAGUCAAGCUCGAAACUUUUGGAGAAGAUUACUUACGCAUCUUCACGUCGACUAAUUUGAGAGAUUGGCAUAAAGAGCUGGAUAUGUAUGAUACUAGGGACAUGUCCUUAGAACCAGUUAAAGUCGUACAUGGCACACCAUAUAUAAAACUUCUAUUGCACACCGACUCCAGCAUUAAUGGCAGCGGUUUUACGUCGUUGGCGAAAACUACAUGUGGUACCAACAUGACCGAUCUGACAGGACAAAUAGUAGCCAAAAAUGUUAUGCGCUCGUGGAGUUCCAAUUCGCUUUGCAUAUGGCACAUUGAAGUGCAAAUGGGUAAGAGAAUCGCUAUCGAUUUCAAUUUUGGCAAGAACAUUAUACCAAAGACACAAGAAUGCCGACAAUAUGCGAUCAUCUACGACGGUUUCGAUGAUAAUGCGCCGAUACUAUCCCCUGGUCGUAUAUGCAACCAAAUGGGUCUAAAUGUUAAGAAUAUGGAGUCAUCCACGAACCGUUUAACAAUUAAAUAUAAUCUGAAUUGGACCACACCAUUUGAAAAGGAUCUAGACUUCAAUCUAACCUAUCAUCAAAUCGGCGAUUGCGAUACGGAAAUACAACUGACGCAUUACCUCAACGCGGUCAAUAUCAGCUCACCUAAUUAUCCGAAUGUGCCGAACCCGCACACCGAGUGCAAUUGGAUUAUUAUGGGUCCCGUCGGCGAAACAUUGCAAGCGGAAUUCAUAGAGACUUUCAGCUUUAAUACACGCUAUUGCAACCAAGAAUUUAUUGAGUUUUUCGAUGGUUCCACGGAGCUCUCACGUAGUUUGGGACGCUUUUGCACAAAACCAAAUGCGAUUCGAUCCACUGGAAACAUACUUCGUGUGCAUUAUUUGACAGAUAUAAGUGAACCGCGAAAUGGUUUUCACCUCAAUAUCUCUAUAGCGACUUGUGGUGGCACUUACGUAAACAUAAAUGGUGAAAUAACAUCCAGUGGUUACCCCACGCCUGGGGCUUAUCCUAAGCCAAGCGCUUGUGAAUACACAAUAAAAAUGCCGCGUACAUCGAGGAUAAGUUUGAAUUUCACCGAUUUCGAUUUGCAUUUCGAAUAUACAAAUUUGAAUCGUUCCGAUCGCAUUGAAAUAACUACCCUCGACGAAAAUCCGGAAACCGUAGCUGUAUUAUACGGUAAUACCACAACCAAGCCGGUGUUAGAAGUUGACUAUAGUGCGGUCAGGCUACGUUUUAUAACAUUUACCACCACCCAGCGGCAUCGCGGAUUUAAGUUAAGGUACAAUCGAUUAUAUGGUUCUUGUUAUCGUGAUGUCGAAGACACCUCAGGUGUUAUAAAACUAAAUAUGCAGUCCCGUUCUGCGAUAUUUAUUUCCUGCAGAUGGAAAAUCAAAGUGCCGAAAGGGCAGCGUGUAACUCUAGAAUUUGAUAAAUUCGAAGCUGAAAGUGUUAACAAUAAUACUGAGCGAUUCAUAUCGAGCAUACAACGCUAUCCAAACUUUUUGACAACAAAAAUGUCAUUCUUCAAUGAUCCCGACAUGCUUUCGAAAAUUACCGAGAUAAUGAAUGAUUUUAGUUUACCUGAUAAAAUACUCUCGUCCGACAACUUUAUGUAUAUUCGAAUCGAUAUCUACCAACGCAUAACAACUUUUCGGAAAAUUCAGGUACGCUACAGCUCCGAUGAGGAAUCUGCUUGUCCGCCAGACAUAAACGAACAAGUUUUUGGUUCAAUAAACACGAACAACUUGCCGCCAAACGUUAACUUCUUUUGCAACUCAAAGUUUGGUUUAAGUGGUUUUGAAACUAUAACAUUUAAAAUCAAAGAACUGCUGGUAUAUGGAAGUAAUACCAACCGCUUUGCGUAUGCUAUCCGAUUCAAAGACGAAAGAUCCCUAAUGGCACUCAAAACAAUAAACACGAAUGCAACUGAUACGACUGUGUCCAUAUCCUCCCAAGGUGGCACGCUGUCCAUACUGCAAACUGACUUGCUGAAAAUAAGACGAUUCUCAGUAGACUUCUACAGACAUGCCUGCGGAGGGAGCUUUCAUGUACUUGACGUACCUAAAAUAGUAUUUCCAACGGAAAACUUUGUACACAACGGAGAUGAAAGUCCUAUUGAGUGCUCAUGGACGAUAACCAAUACUGGCGCAAGGAGUCCCCUCAAGCUUGUUGGUAAUCUUAGCUUAGAUAAUGACUGCAGUAAGGAAUAUAUAAGCAUACGUUCACGCUUGUCGCCGGACUACACCGAAACAAUAAAACUUUGUCAUAAUUCAACAGAGCUGACUACAGGCAUCCCUUUAAAACAAUCAAUUGUAACUAUUUUAUAUUCUACGAACAAGUACAGAUCAAGCUCAACAUUCCAGAUAGCAGUUGAAACAACGGUUGCAUGCGGUAUGCGGACAAGGGUGGUUACCAAUAUGAAUACGCCCGUUGUGUCAGUGAAUUCUAAAACCUAUAAAAAUAAUAUGGAAUGCAGUUGGGAGUUUGAAACCAUCACAGGGCUAUAUAUGACGGUGGAGUUCACUGGCAGAUUUUUCAUAGAAAAAUCCGUAAAUUGCUCCAAGGAUUAUCUGCAAAUAUAUGCCUACGAAGAUGAAGUUUGGCAGCCGAAGGAGCGAUAUUGCGGCCGAGAUGUGCCAAACAGCUACAAUGGCACGUCGAAUCGUUUACUUAUCGUGUUCCGCACGGACAAUGCAACCAGAGGAGAUGGCUUCACCUUCCGCAUAUCACCAUCUUGCACCGCCACUUUCAAUGUCACCGACCAAUUGCAAAUGGUACAACCGCCCACGGAUGAAAUCGGAACUUACUCAAGGUUGCGUUGCAGCUACACAUUCCUAACAAGCUCAGAUAAUGCUAUCAAUGUGCAAAUAAUAUCAAACACAUUAUUCGCACGCAGGCGGUAUUACUUAAAUCAACCUUGUCCAUAUGGAAUGUUUACCGCUUAUAAGAAGGACGACGACGGAAAUGAAAUUCAAAGCGGCGAAUAUUGUAGAUCAGUUGAAGUAAAUGCGAAGCACUAUUUACGCAUAAGCUCAGACGUUUCCUUCGACACUUUCCUUAUAACUUAUCAAUUGGAUACAUGUGGUGGCAAUAUCACUUCUUAUGCCAACAUACGCCCACUUAUGGCCGACAACUCUGAUGGCGGCGAUUAUCAGUAUGCGAACAACAUGAAUUGCGUUUGGAAUGUUAUGGCGCCACCGGAUCAUUCCAUAGUUGUGCGCUUCAAAUAUUUCGACAUGGAAGAACACGAUCAGUGUAUUUUUGAUUUUGUGGCAAUUUACGCAGGAUCCUCCACACGUCCCGACAACGAACUGGCUAAAUUCUGUGGUAACUUAACCGCGAACCCGCCUUUGGUGCUCGUCGACGAUCAACAGGCUGUCAUAACCGCCGUGUCCGAUAUUAAUAAUGCACACAAGGGCUUUUUUGCUGAGGUGAUUUUCGUGCGUAACUGUAACGAGCGCAUCGCCUUAACCAACGACGACACCAUAGCGCAACCACUAGUUAUGAUACGAAAUUACACUGUUAACACGUACGACGAGCUACAUUGUCAAAUACGCGUGACAGCGCCAGAGAGUUAUCGCGUCAAAGUUCAAGUUCGAAAAUUAGAUAUCAUUUCAGGGAAAUGUACGAAUAAUAAAUGUGAAGACUGUAACUAUUUGGAGGUCAUUCAGGGUGCACAGAAGUCGGAUACAUUGUCUAUGGGUAAAUUUUGUGCAAAUGAUGAUGAUGGCAGGAGAAAGCUGGUGACGUCAGACGAGCAUGCUUUGCUUCAAUUUAGUUUUACAAAGGCUGGAAAUUACUCUGUAGAACUUGUGCUGGAAAUCGAGAAAUCUCUUUGUGGCAAACUGAAUGAAAUACAACUCACGGGUGACCAGGCAGUGAACAUUCAAUUUCCUCCAAAUAAUAAUUCUGAGUAUCUACCAAAUGUUCAUUGCAAAUGGCGCAUUAAAUCCGAACGCGACUAUCAAAUACAUUUUGAGUAUUUACUGCUACAGCCGCCAGCUCCAGAGACAGGAAAAUGCAAUGAUUUCUUGCGGUUAACUCAACAGGAGAUUACAGAAUACUAUUGUGGCAACGCCACAGGAUUUACUAAAUACAUCUCCAGUCAAGAGGACGAUGGCAGUAGCUAUACUGAGUUAACCUUUCACAGCGAUGACUCUGUUGAGGACAAAGGAUUCAAUAUAACAAUUUCGUACCAACAACCUUGUAAUCUCACAUACACGAGGCUCAGUGGGCUAAUGGACUUCAAAGCGAAGGAUAAUGCAAACCAGACAUGUCUUGCAGAUAUAAUGGUGCCCGAUGAGUACGUCCUCAACUUUAAUAUUCGGGCUACAAAUUCAUAUUACUCGGGAGCUAAUUGCUCUUCGCCAAAUCUACAGAUAAAUGAAUCUAUUACAAAUAAGAAUUUACUACAACAAUGUAUCUCCUACUAUUAUGAUGAAAACCUUAAUACAAACGCAAGUGCAAUUCAUAUAUUCACCACAAGUUUGGACAGCUUCCACAUGUUCUACUAUGCCACUAAGAGAUCUGCUGGAAUAGGCUGCGGUGGUGAGAUACAAACAAUGGACGGUGUUAUUCGCAGUCCAUCUUAUGAUGAUCGAAACUUCUCUGAGUGCCGUUGGGAUAUCACUGUUCCGGAGCCCAGUCACGUGCAAGUGAAUUUUAUAACUUUCGACAUGGGAUCUAAAGUGAACUGCGAAUUCGACUACGUGAACAUCGUUGAAGUUUCAUCUAUUGGUGAGGAGAAGGUGGCAAAAAAUAUCUGUGCAGAUCAAUACGUGUAUAAUUUUGUAUCAAAAACAAGCAAAGUUGCGAUUGUUUCGAAAAAGUCGCCCAACUUCAAUGGAAAUGGAUGGACUUUGAGUUUCCAAGCGGUGUCUAAAUAUGUUUUGACCUAGGUUAUCAACUUAUAAGAACAGCAAAAUAAAAAAAU